AUGCGAUGCGCUGCGGGCGGCGAUGGUGGCCCGCCGCCGGCAGCGGGCGGGCCUCCAGGCGCCGCUCCUGCCAGGCCGCUGAACUACCGCGUAGCUUUGAUCACAGGCGCCAACACAGGCAUCGGCUUCGAGACGGCCAAGGCGCUAGCAAGGCAGGACUACCGAGUCGUGCUGGCUUGCCGGAACAAGGAAAAGGCCGAGGCGGCACGCGCCAAGCUGCAGGAGCUGGUCCCAGAAAACACGCGGGGCGUGGAGGUGGCUGUCAUGGACCUGGCUGACCUGGGCAGCGUGCGCGCCUGGGCGCAGCGGGCGCAGGACUUUGGGCACCCGGUGGACGUGCUGGUCAACAAUGCAGGCGUGAUGGCCUGCCCACAGAUGCAGACAAGAGAUGGCUUUGAGAUGCAGCUGGGCGUCAACCACCUGGGCCACUUCCUGCUGACAAACAUGCUGCUGCCGCUGCUGAGCACCCCCGAGCGCCCCAGCCGCAUCGUCACCGUCUCCUCCGCCGCCCACUACUUUGGGCACAUCAACUUUGAUGAUCUGCAGUCCCAGCGCAAUUAUGACUCAUGGAGGGCCUACGGCCAGAGCAAGCUGGCCAAUGUGCUGUUCUCUUAUGAGCUGGCGCGGCGGCUGCCGGUCGGCGCCAAUUGCACGGCCAACACGCUGCACCCUGGAGUGGUGGACACUGAGCUGGCGCGAUACCUGCUGCCCGGGCAGACGGCCUGGUGGCAGAAGCCGCUGCUGCAGUUCGGCAAGGCCUUCUCGCUGACGCCCGAGCAGGGCGCGCAGACCUCCAUCUACCUGGCCUCCUCCCCAGAGGUGGAGGGCGUGACUGGAAAGUACUACAACAAGUGCCGCCCCGAGACCAGCAGCAGCGAGUCGUACGAUGCGACAGUGGCGGCGCGGCUGUGGGACGUCAGUGCAGAGCUAGUGGGGCUGUGA